AUGGCGUCGAAUAGCGUUCUCAGAAGUGGAGCUUCCUUGUUGAAUCGCCUUUCCAAAUCGCUUCUUCUUCAUUCCAACCCUCAACCUCAAUCUCACAUAUUCUCCCCUUCUCUCUCUAGGCUCCCCGCUGCAAUUUCCCCCCAAAACGACGUUGAAUUUCCCCACAAACAAGGUUUUCUCUACCCAUGUGGCCUUCCCUCUUUCCGCUUCUUCUUACCUCACGGGGACGCUCCUUCAUCUGAUGAUCCGAUGCUUUUAUUCCCCAAAAGGACGUUUCAACCUAGUCUUAUUAAACGAAAGAGAAACCAUGGAUUCUUUGCUCGGAAAGCAACCAAUGGUGGCAGAAGAGUAAUUGCUCGAAGAAUAGCCAAAGGCCGGUUUAGGAUUACAGCUUAG